UCUAUUCUAUCUAGAUCUCACUCUUUAUUUCAAACCUUUAAGCCAUAAAUAGUGAAAAACAUCUAUACGCAGAUUCUCCUGGAGAUGAGCUUAUUCACUCAUUCGGACCAAGACGACGAACUUCGAAUUUCCUCAAUUUUCACGCGAGCACCUGUUUGUAUCGCCGGCGGAUCGGAUAUAUUUUCUCGGUUCCUGCUACUCCUUUCUUUCUCGCCUGCAUCCAUGGUCUCGCUGCUCCCUCGCGCUCCCUCACUCGCCUUCCUCGCUAAGUCCGCCUCUUCGCAGCGGCCGCCUGCGCCAUCCAUGUCGUCGCCCUUCUCCGCCGCUUCCGUGGCCGCGGGGUCAGAGGCGGCAGCCGGCACGAGGAAGCUGCCUGUGCUGCUGUUCGACGUCAUGGACACCCUCGUCCGGGACCCGUUCUACCACCACAUCCCCGGCUUCUUUCAAAUGUCCAUGAAGGAACUACUAGAAGCCAAGCAUCCAACGGCUUGGUCAGAAUUUGAGAAAGGACUGAUUGAUGAGAAUGAGCUGGCCAAAAAGUUCUUCAAGGAUGGCAGAUCGUUUGAUUUGCAAGGUCUAAAAGAGUGCAUGGUGAGAGCAUAUGAAUACAUUGAUGGCGUCGAAGAUAUUCUUUGCUGUUUGAAGAAAAAUAAUUAUGAAAUGCAUGCUUUUACAAAUUAUCCAGUAUGGUACCAAUUAAUUGAGGAUAAGCUAAAGCUCUCAAAGUAUUUAUCUUGGACAUUUUGUUCUUGUAGAACUGGAAAGCGCAAACCUUCGCCCGAGUUUUAUCUUCAAGCUGCAGAUCAACUCAACGUUGAUCCAGCAAGCUGCGUUUUUAUUGAUGAUAGGAUGAUAAACAUUGAAGCAGCUCUUAGUGUAGGAAUGGUUGGGUUGCAGUUUAAAAGUGCUGAGGCACUACAGAAGGACUUGUGUGCUCUGGGAGUUGAAUUAUCUCCUCUUGUUUGUGAAGGUGAAGCACAAGUACAAUAAGGUCGUGUGUGCCCUAUCUUAUCUUAUGCUCAACCAAACUACAAUACGAAUGUACAUAAUGUAUGGUGCCCUUGCUUUGUGAGCUAUGUCAAUAAAUUAUUGUGC